AUGGUUUGGACUGUAGCCUAUGGGUUCUGGCGUGAUGCUUCUCCUGAGUGUACAAUUAGUUAUGAUGCUGCUAAGAAUAAGCUUACUAUCAAAUAUACUACUACUGAUGGUUCUACUAAAAAGAAGACUGCUACUCUUACUAAUACUUCUGGUACCCAAAUUGGUACUAAUUAUAAGUAUACUGUUACUGAUGAUACUUCUAAAAUCACCUAUACUUUUACAACAACUACUACUACGCUUGCUACUGGUACUACUACUGAUACUGAUUCGGUAAUCAUGGUGAUACCAAGCCAUCCGAACACAAACCCAGAAGGAUCACUACCAGAAGACAAAGAUUGCGCCGACACUGAAGUUGAAGAUGUUCAUGCUUGGAUCUAG